AUGGUCUCGGACGAGCAUUACGAUAUCUGUCUACCCAUCCUGCAGGACCCGAGCCUCGACGAUGAAGACAAGACCGACAGGAUCGAAACCCUCCUGAGGAAGGAGACAGCCCUCACGGGCAGUUCCCUUGAUAAUGCAAUACUGGAUGUGCUGUGGAGCCCGAGCCUCAACGCCUACGAGUUUGCCAACGACACAACACCUGCGCAGGAAAUAAAUGGGGACUAUCCGACAGAGAAUGUUGAGUGGCUGGUGAAUGAUGAUGGCGGCGCUAGCCUCGCAGCGUCCUUUACCAUACCCAGCGGCCUCAAUGCCGCCGCACCCGAGUUCUCCUCCGUCUCGGCCCAGCAAACAGACAUGACCCCGUAUGACAUGCUGCGUACGAUUCUGGGCCCUUCGAGGACCGAUGACGAGAUCGAGGCAGCCCUAGCCUCCCACGGCUACGACCUCAGCGCGACCGUGGCCUCCAUCAUGGACAGCCAGGCGCGUGCUUUGGGCGGCCUCUCCGUAUCCCCGAGGAACGCAAGAAACCAUGAUCUCAGCAGCCACCUAUGCAAGUAUUGGAUGAUGGGCAACUGCCUCGCAGGUGAUACGUGUGUCUUCUCGCACGACCCUUCGCAGCUUGUCAAUAAAUUAUCGAUGGAUGGCAGCUCGACGCCGCCGUCCAAAACAGCAAACUUACAUUUACAGGACUAUGGCGCCUUCCCAUCACUUCACGGUAGCCCCGAUGCGUUCACCGCAUAUCCUGGCAAUCACGGCUUCGGCCUCACCCCGCCGUCGGGACUUAGGACCUUCCACGGUAUGGACGGACGCCCUCGCUCGCGACCCGGCAGCCGGCAGCAGACCAAGGAACAGGCUCCCGCUUUAGAUGACACCGAAGCGUUUCCCUCUCUCGGCUCCGGCAAGCCAGGUAAGAAGCACCAUGGAAAGAGGGGCGGGCACGGUACCAAAGAGGUCUUUACACCAAGCUCUCUCGCCGACAUUGUCAAGAUGGCCCCGUCACCUACACCGUCGCCCCGCGCCGAAAAGAGAAUGGGGAGAAAUGGCAGCACAGGCAGCAAGAGCGGCGAAAAUAGCGUCGCCGCCCAAGGCAUUCCGAGCCCUCGGCAUAUUCCUUGGCUCGAGACGGGCGAGCGUGCCAACAAGUCGUACCUCAAAGCUCGACAGGAGGCUAUCAAGCAUGGUGGCCUCCGUAACAAGUUUUUACAAAGUGCCGCCCAAGCCUGGAAUCGUAAUGAUGCACGCGCAGCCAAGGCGCUCAGUCUUCGAGGGCAGAGCGAGAAUGACUUGAUGAGAAAGGCCCACCGCGAAGCGGCCCGCGAGCUCUACGAAGAUCGAAAUAAGAAUAACCUACCUGGAGGUUCGGAAAUAUACGUAGAUCUUCACGGGCUCCACCCCGACGAAGCCGUCGAGUAUCUCGAGAAGGUACUGAUGGAAAAUAGCCGGGAGGGUCGGCCCAUCUAUGCCAUUACCGGCACCGGUCACCACAGCAAGAAUGGCAAGGACAAGGUAGGCAAGGCAGUGCGCAAUUUUCUCAACGAAUGGCGCUACGCGUUCAAGGAGUUCUCGGUUCCCGGAGACAAGAAUAACAUGGGAGGGAUCCUCGGCAUAGAUGCGCGGUCUUGGGACAAAUCACUUUCUAAAGACGAGGGAGUGUCCUCGACGAUGGCGGCCUCUGGGGGUAACAGUGAGAGCGAUCUUCUCAGUCAAGGGGUCGAGAUUGGAGAGGGCAAGGUCAAGCUCUUGGUUAGGGAUCCCCCAAUAGGACCCAGCGGUAAUCGCCGUAGCUAA